GAUAUUUUGCAAUAUGGCGUUUGUAGUACUUGCAUGAAGUAAUGAUAAUGAUGUGAAAAUGUCAGGUCGUGCAUCAUAUAGCUUAGUUAGUUCUGGUGAUGAUAGUUUUGAUUUCUUAUUUAAGAUAGUAUUAAUUGGUGACUGUGGAGCAGGGAAGACUUGCGUUGUGCAGAGGUUCAAAUCUGGAACGUUUGUGGAAAGACACGGUAAUACGAUCGGAGUUGAUUUUUCAAUGAAAACUGUAAUUGUUGAUGGCAAGAAGGUGAAGCUGCAGAUAUGGGAUACAGCAGGCCAAGAAAGGUUUCGUACCAUUACUCAAAGUUACUAUCGAUCAGCAAACGGUGUCAUUAUAGUGUAUGAUAUAACAAAGCGAUCAUCAUUUCUUAGUCUUCAAAGAUGGAUUGAAGAAGUCCGAAGAUAUACUGCCUCAAAUGUCCUGCUAAUUCUUGUCGGCAAUAAAUGUGAUCUGGAAAGUUUAAGGGAGGUAGAAUUUGCUGAAGCAGAAGCAAUGUGUGAAUACAUUCCAGAGAUCUUGUUUGUUCUUGAAGCUUCAGCAAAAGAAAACACCAAUAUUGAUGACGCUUUUAUGUGUUUGGCCACGGAACUCAAGAGGAGACAUGAGGGCCGUCCAUAUCCUGAAGGUUCAACUGAAGACACAGUGCAGCUUGGCGAAGGGAAGAGCCUGACUCGCUGCAGUGGCUGCAAUUUCAAUUUAUAGUAAUGUGCCUUACACUCCGAGCCAGAAAUUAAAAAGUGAUGCAGUUCUGAUCUGAGAUUGUCACUGUAUCCUAGCCUUGACACAAACUGCAAUAGUGAGGCAGCAACAGAAUGCCAUGACAGAAGAGGAAGACCAUUUUAAAUGCAUAGUACAAGGAAUAUAAGCAUUCUAAUAGUAGUGAUAGAAAAACUUUAAGUUACAUAUUGUGGGUUCCUGGGUUGUGACACUAUCUUUUACUAAGCAGGUUGGCAUACUGUUAACACCCUAGACUUGUAUUUUGGAGAUGGUUAGUUCAAAUCUCUGUAGGGACACAGUUACCUCAGUCCCUCCAGGCAAGUCCUGCAAUAGUACCUUGAUAGCCCAUGAUCACUUCCUGCCAGAUCCUUUCCAGUGCAUCAGUCACCUUACCAUUUGAUGCUCUGUAGUCUGACAGCAUCAUAAAAGAGCCCACAAAAGGAAAGACAUCAUCUUACCAAGCAAGGUGCCUUACACAAUAAUGCUUCUGUCUUCUAUUCAGAAGGUAGCCAGUUUAAAUCUGUCUCGGCUGGAACAGUGACUCUGCUGACAUAUUUUUGCACUUUUCAUCUGUCCCUCCAAGCAAAUGCCAGGAGAGUAACUUAAAUUAGCAAAUGACUGAUUUUUAAAUUCUUUCCAGUUCAUUAUUCGCUGUCAUCUGAAUAUUCAGCUCUUUUUAGUCUGGGUUACUGCUAGUGUUGUCAGACUCCUUAUAAAUAAAUGCAGAUAAGUUGACACCAUUUGUAGGAAGGUGGAGGCAAUAUAUUCCUGUUAGAUGUUGGUACCCACCUACACAGAAAACCACAAUAUGAAUCUGUAGAGCCAUGAAAACCUCACAUCUUAUAAAUUUCUGAGAAUUUUGCAGUAAGACUUUUAAUCAACCUUAGUAGCACAGUCAAGUGAGUAUUAAGUUAUAUAAGCUGCUUCAUGUCAUUAUUGUCAGUGACAGAACCAGACUAAGUCAUCGAGUGCCAUGUAUUUAAAUUUAAAAUUAAAAGUUAUUUCUCAUUCCCCUAAUUGAGGGUUGAGAAUUGCAUGAAGCACAUAUGUAUUUAUAUGUCUGUAAUGGUACUGUGUUUUUUCUUUUGUCCCAUUUAAAUUUCAUGUUUCUGUUACUGCAUAUAGUUUUUUAAAUUAUACUGUAUUUGCAGUUAAUCAUACAUGACACACAUUUGAAAACUGACACCAUUGUAGUGAACUGAUACAUAGUAAUUGUUUAUAACUUAAAAUUUCGUCUUUUCUUUAAGUCAGGCUGUUGUUUCCAGAAUAUGUCACUCAAUCUUUCAUGGAGUUUGCCAGGGCUGUGUCUACCUAUAGGAAAGUAGUCUCUUACAGUUUUUAUGGUUUUGUCAGGUGCCUUUCUUGAAACUUGCUCAUUCCAUUCAUCUCUCACUAUUUUUCUCAGUGUUCUCAUCAAAGUUGUUUCCAUAAUUGGGGGUAUCUGGUCUUGUUUCUGCUGCAUAAGUCAUUAUGGGCCAAGUGAUAGUGAAUGUUCUUUCUUUUGGCCUUUGUAAGUGUUUAUUAUUCCGUAUUAUAUCAUUUAAAUAUCCAGAUGUUCUCUUUUCUUUAUUUGCUUGGCAUCUGAUUUCUGUUUGUAAAAUUAUGUUAUUAGUUAUCGCAUAUCCUAAAUGGUGAAAACUCAUAAUCAGUUUAAUUAUGGUAUAUUGAAUUUCUAAUUUACAACAUGAUGUUUCUUUAUAAUUACCAUUGAUUAGUUUCAUCUAUGGCAGUUUUGAUUCCAUAGAUUGGUAGCUGAUUUGAAGGUUAUCUUCCUUGUCUACAAUCUGUCAUCUGCAGAGCAUAUUAUGUUGACUUCUUUUCUUCCCAUUUUGUAUCCUUGUUUUACUCUUCCUUAAAAUUUCAUUGGAAUAAAAUUUAGUACAGGAAUUGAAACACAUGAUACAGUUUACAUGCUGUUCACCAUUCAGAUAAGGAAAUACAGAUGUUUGCUGGACAGUGACAUAAUAAUAUAGUAUUGCUUACAGUUAAGGACAGCAUUUGCUGAAAUAAGUUCCCAUAAUUUUGCCACGCUGCAGCUACCACAUGAAACCUGAUUUAUGCUAACCUGACCUGCAG